UGAGGCUCGGACACAGGUUCGCAAGUCAAGACACCUAGGGAAAUAAUACUCUGCAACACAGCACUAGCAAAAGAAGAGAGAGAAAGCCAGCAUAGACACACACAUAGAGAGAGAAAGCAACCUCAAAUCCUCAAAAUAUGACUCAGAUCGUGAAACGAAAGCGUAGAGGACGACCAUCGAACAUAGAUCGAGCUCGCCGGAACUCUCAGCUUGCUCCGCCGUCACCGGCGGACCGCCGGAGCACUCGCAGGCGACGGAACGUCAGGUACAACUUCGAUAUCGAUGAUUAUGUUGACGAUGAUGAGUUUUACGAUGAUGAAGAUGAGGACGUAGGUCGGAGAGAGAAGAAGAUUAGGUUAUUGCUGUUUGAUGAUGAUCGGCGCGUGUCGCACGCGCCGUCGUCGUCGUCGUCUUCAGAUGAGGAUGAUGAUGAGGUGUACACGCGGAAGCGGUUGAAGAAACGGAAACUUGAUGAAGAAGUUGAAGAGGUUAGAGGGAGGAAGUUUGAUGAUGAAGAUGAGGAAAAUGAGGAGGAUGAGGAGGAAGAAGAAGCGGGAGGGUCGGAUUUCGAUUGCGCUUCGGAUGUUCCGAAGAGAGUGCCGAUGCCGGAUAAAAAGACGCUUGAGUUGAUCCUGGAUAAGCUUCAAAAAAAAGAUAUUUAUGGAGUUUAUGCUGAGCCGGUUGAUCCUGAGGAGCUUCCUGAUUACCAUGAUGUGAUCAAGCAUCCAAUGGACUUUGCAACCAUCAGGAAGAAGCUUGCAAAAGGAUUGUAUUUAUCUCUAAAAGAAUUUGAGAGUGAUGUGUUUUUGAUUUGCACAAAUGCAAUGCAAUACAAUGCGCCAGAUACAGUUUACUAUAAACAGGCAAGCUCUAUUCAAGAACUGGCGAAACUAAAAUUCCAGAGAUUAAGGGAUAAUACUGAUCCAUCUGAAAAAGAACUCAAUACAGACCACAAAACCACUCCAAGUUUCUCAAUGCCUAAAAAACAACUAAAGAAGUCAAUGGCCCGGACUGCACCUGACCCCGACCCGGUUGGGACCGAAACUUUUUCUGAUGCAACCGUUAGGACAGAAGAAUUCCCAAAUGGUUCAUCUGCUCAGACACCUGCCAGGCAAAACAGUGGUGACGUCCCGAUUGCUGAAAAUUCUUCAUUAGGUGAUAGCAACCUUGAUAAAGAUCAAGAACUAGUGACAGGGAAAGGUUGUAUGUCUAAACUUGGAAGAAAACCAUCUGUACAUGAUGAAAAUCGACGGGCAACAUACAACAUAUCUCUAGAACCAGUACCCGAUUCAGACUCUGUACUUUCAACGUUCGAGGGUGAAAGCAAGCAGUUCAUUCCUGUUGGACUCCAUGUAGAUCAUUCCUAUGCUAGAAGCUUGGCCCGUUUCGCUGCAACUCUCGGGCCCGUUGCUUGGAAAAUUGCAUCGCAUACAAUCGAGCAAGCUUUACCCGAAGGUGUCAAAUUUGGGCCCGGUUGGGUCGGUGAAUAUGAACCUCUUCCAACUCCCGUACUAGUGCCCGAAAACCGCACCUUUAAAGAACCCAGUUUUCUUGCACAUUUCAAGGUUACUUCUGAUGUUAAAGAGAAUAAAAAAGCUUCCCAAACUCCUAAAGUUCAUGUGGACCUGAAAGAGGUAAAUGACGGUUUUAACCCUGCGAUUCAUGUAAAGCGAGAAUCUCCUAGAGAACCCCGCAAAGAUCCGAGCCCGAGCCCGAGAGUUCCUUUCUUUUCAGGUUCAAAUCCCGUUCAUCAGAACUCACAAUCCAGGAACUUUGCGAGGCCUGAAAACACGGUCCUGCCACGAGUUGAACUCAAUCAUCCACCGCCACUACAUGUAAAUUCUGCUGCUGAUUUUGUAGCAAAAAGACCGAUUUCUAGUGCUUCAGACAUUCCGUCAAAACCUGUUUCAAGAAACGGAAAUCUUGCGUCUUUGGGCUCUUUUAAGCACCCGAGCGGUAACAAUGACGGAUUUGCCCCUGGGAGACCGAGUAAGCUGGUUGGUCUGGAUUGUAACAGAAUGGUUCCCAUGGACAGUAAUAUUACCAAUAUUACCCCCAGACGGGACCAGCAAGGCCUUAGUGACCCGGUUCAAAUGAUGAAAAUGUUAGGUCAGGAUAGUCAACAACAAAAUGCGAACGGUUUUGGUUUCUCAUCGAAAAGAGACGAUUCAAACAAUGUGGCUUUGACGGCUGCUCAGGCAUGGAUGUCACUAGGCGGUGCCGCCACCGCCACGGGCGGGUUUGUUAAACCGCCGUUAGUUGAUAACAGAAACCCCCACAAACAACAGAUAUCAGCCGAUUCUUUAUACAACCCGGCCCGUGACCGCCCGCAACCUCAAGUUACACGUUUUCGCGGCGAGUACAACGCUUACCAACAACCGGUUAGACCGGUCAACGAUGGUCAACUUCAAAACAAAUAUGCGGGGUUUCCUCAAAUGAUGACAGCCGCCGAUCUUUCACGGUUUCAGGUGCAGUCUGGUGGUUGGAGGGGGGUCCCACCUCAAAUGCAACAACAGCCUAGACCAAGACAAGAAUCCCGCCCCCCUGAUCUCAAUAUCGGGUACCAAUCAAUUGGGUCACCCGUGAGACAAUCUACUGGUAUGUUGGUUGAUUCUCAACAGCCCGAUUUAGCUCUGCAACUGUAAAAGUACAUGAAUUGUAGCCUUUUGCUUGAUUUUUGAGGUUAUAAACGGGAAGAAAAAUGUAAUCGGGGUGUAGAACAUGGGUAUCUGCUAAUGGACCGGGUCGGGUCAGGUCAGGUCACGGAGUCGAGUGAGUUUGUGUUGUGUUGUGGUUCGGUGUUUUAUGUAGAGAAUGAAAAUGUUGGUAGAGAUUUAGUGGCGUUGGUUAUGAGAAAGAUAAAAUUACAUUUCCUUUAUAGUUAUAUAUAUUUUGGUUAAUCUUUGAA